GAUUGUCUUUACCUAACGGGGUCAAAAUGGCGGCAUGCUGCAUGUGAAGAGGUCGAAACGAGAGCCGGCUUUAUGAUUGGAGAACAUGUAUAAAACGCCAUGUAGCAGACUGUCAGGUUUGGUUGGUUUAAGUGUGAAACAGAAAUUAGUUCAAAUUCUUCCCCGAUGUAACCAGACUGCUCGCAGCCUUAUUCAGCUGCACAGAAGAGAUCCAUCAAAUUGGCUGACAUACCAGCAUCUCAGCUUCCUGAAACGGCAGUAUGUUGCAAAGAACAACAGUGAGCUUCACCAACGUGCCAUCCCGAAACAGGCUCCUGUCUUGGCCAUUGUGGAUGAGAGAGAUGACAGCCUUGAAAGACAGUUGCAGAGAAUACCAACUAUUGAUCCUGUGGUCACAGAAAGUAUUCCACAGCCAGAGGAUGUCACCAGUAAGGCACAGCCUGAGCUAUACAACUUGAACUCCGCUGCAGAAGAUGCAACAGCACAGAAAGAUUCUGUGUCCAGUACUGUUGUUACUUCAGAUGAGACUCCACAUGUCCAGAUGGAGACGGAUCAGGCAAGGGAGGCACGUCUAGACAGACAAUGGAAGCAGCUGAAGGUUGACGUGUCUGACUUGCCAGAUAUCUAUGCCAGGCUUGCCAAAAUCAAACUCACAGCACUGGUGGUUACGACUGCAGCAGCUGGCUAUGCAAUGGCUCCUGUGCCCUUUGACCCUGUCAUCUUCUUCGUGGCGUGUCUGGGAACAGGCCUUGCCUCUUGUACUGCCAAUUCAAUCAACCAGGUCAGUUACCCCUCAGCAAGUCUAUUUCAGUAUGUGUGAGUGUGUGUUUUGUAU